AUAAAUCUAAAUCCGUAGAAUUAACAUAGAAAAGGAAGUUUGUACCUGGAUAACGUCGAUUUGAAUAAAAAAUUUUCAUAGAUUACUUGGCGUUCGGUAAGUCAAGGGUGUUUGUGUUAGAAUGGUGAUGGUGAAGGUAUUGUGUUUAGGCCUUGUGCUCUGGUCAACGAAUGUACUAGCAAAUUCAGGCCAUUUCCGCCUGCAGAGGGAUGUCUUUCCCACCUCCUACUCCCUCAAACUGGUGCCUGAUAUGGAUGGCGACACCUUCGAGGGUGAAGUCACGAUAUUCUUGAGGAACGAACGGCCCAUAAGCAACGUGACCUUGAAUCUCAAGAAGCUGUUGAUAGACAAUAUCACGUUGGACCAGGCCUAUGGAACUACCAAGUUCAUCGUGGAUCACCCCAACGAAAUCAUUCAAGUGUUUUAUGAAGGUAAAGAACAGAUAGACCCUGGUGAACACGUGCUCAACAUAAAAUUCACUGGGACCUUCGGUCCUUAUGUUGGAUUCUACAAGCUGGAGACUGGAGAUAAUAAGUCGAGGGUAAUAUUGGCCACGAAGUUUUCACCAAACCACGCUAGGUUAGCUUUCCCAUGUUUUGACGAGCCAUAUUUCAAAUCGACCUUCAAUAUACGCCUGGUAAAGCCAAAUAAUACCUGGCAAGCUCUCUCGAAUAUGAGAGAAAUAGGAAGAUUCGAUACACCAAAUGGAAUAGCUGUGGAUUUUGAAAGCACGAUACCAAUGUCGACCUAUCUGUUGGCUUGGACUUUAACAGAUUACAACUACGACGAGAUAGAUUAUGUUUCGGGCGACAGAGUGAUCCCCCUUCGAUUCUUCAACGCCCAGAAGAAGGAUGUCCAAUUACGAGAAGCGUUGAAAGUUACCAAGAAAGCCUUGGCGUUUUUCGAAAAUUACACUGCAUCACCAUUUCCCUUGCCCAAACUGGAUUCUAUUGCCAUACCGUUUUAUAUGAGUAGAGGGAUGGAACAUUAUGGCUUGAUUAUGUAUCAAGAUCAUGCUCUUUUCAAAAGAAGUCCCUUCAUGUCCACACUCCAAUAUAGCAUAGAGGCUGACUUAUUGAUUUGUCAUGAGGUGUCACAUAUGUGGUUUGGAAAUCUAGUCACCCAUCCGUGGUACAAUGAUAUUUGGCUCACAGAGGGUUUUGCUCGCUAUAUGCAAUACAAAGCAGGUGAAGCUUUACUCGGAGAACCUUUUGUGAAAAAUAUGUUUCAAGAAAGCAAGUACCUUUCGCUGUUUCAAAUGAGUUGCUAUGACGAUGACGUCACGGAAACUGCCAGUUACCCCAGAACACUUGGAGAAAUCAGAACGAAAUAUGGCCCAACUACCUAUGACCAGGGUGGGGCUCUCCUGUUGAUGUUGGAAGACUUGAUAGGUGAAGAGAAAUUCAGAGAAGUUGUCAGGAAGCAUUUGAAAGGACACGAGUUUGGAUGUUCCACUACAGGGGAGUUUAUAAAUUUGAUGGAGAGUGCUGCGCCUACUCUGAACAUCCGAGAUGUAAUGGAGAGUUUCUUAUUCCAAAAUCAGUUACCAGCAGUUAACGUAUCUAUAGAAAAUGAUCAUUUCGUUUUGACACAAUCACCGUUAUGCGAAGGAGGGCAUAAUUCAAUUUUUGGGUACAAAUGGACAUUCCCUAUUAGAUACAUAACCAGCAGCAACUUGAAUCCAAAAUUAGCAUGGUUUGAUAGAGAAAUGAGUCAAGUGAAAAUACCAAUAUCAAAGGAUGAUCGAUGGAUUCAAAUAAACCACUUAAAUAAUGGUCUAUAUCGUCCAAUAUAUUCCAAAGAACUUUAUGAGGCGAUUGUCAGUGAUUUUCAUAAAUUGAAGGCUACUGACAUGGGACCUUUCAUAGAGGACGCGUUCUUCAUGUCCUCAAUUGGCAAAAUACAAUGCGAUAUUCCACUCAAAGUAAUAGGAGCUUUGAGGUCGAUAAAAGAGAUAGAUUUUCUAACUUAUACCUAUGCCAGUAGGUCAUUUUCCUUGUUUUCUCAAAAUCUUGAAUAUGACACCACCGUUACGAAGAUAUUGAGGGCUUAUUUCAUCGAUAUAUUUGUGGACCUUUACGAUAAAAUAUCUUGGAAAGUGGGAGAGACUGACUCCAAAGAUAAAAGGCUUUUAAGGAUGGCAGUUCUAGAAUCUUUCUGCAUAGGACAUCCCAAAUAUGGUAAAUGCUACAAAGAUGUUGAAUCUUUGAGAGUGCUCAAUGAAACAGUUCAUCAUGAUGUGGAGUAUAUAUUUAAAGCUGUUCUCAGGGACUCGAGAAAAUUGAAUUCAACAAUGAUCAGAGAGAAUAUGAAUUACGCAAGUUCUGGAAUAGAAGAAAAUCAAGGUGAACAAAAAUGCUUAACUUGGAUCAAACAGAAUAUCCCAAAACUCAUCAGACAAAGGGGGUAGAGCCAUGACUACUGCUCAUAUUUUUUAUUCGAUCGUUAAAUUGUUUUUAUGUUAUAUUUAGUAGCGUAUAUUACAAAAUGCAAUUACAUUUUAUAUACAUUGGAA